AAAAAUACUAUUUUCCUGUUAAAUUUUAAGAGAAAAGUGGCCGCAAAUAUAAACACAAAAAGGCCUAGCCCCAAAGAAUGAUGCUUUUCAUGCUGCUGUUCAGUCGGCAGGGCAAGCUACGGCUGCAGAAGUGGUACAUGGCCUAUCCAGAUAAGGUGAAAAAGAAGAUCACCCGCGAGUUAGUGACCACGAUACUGGCCCGCAAGCCCAAGAUGUGCUCGUUCCUGGAGUGGAAGGACUGCAAAAUCGUAUACAAGAGAUAUGCCAGCUUGUACUUCUGUUGCGCCAUCGAGCAGAACGACAAUGAGUUGCUGACCCUAGAGAUCAUCCAUCGCUACGUGGAGCUGCUGGAUAAGUACUUUGGCAGCGUUUGCGAGCUGGACAUCAUAUUCAACUUCGAGAAGGCGUAUUUCAUUCUCGAUGAGCUGCUAAUUGGCGGCGAGAUCCAGGAGACAUCGAAGAAGAAUGUACUUAAAGCGAUUGCCUCACAGGAUCUGCUACAAGAGGACUUCAAUGAGUAUCUGAACUAGAUGAAAACCCCAUACCAUACCCAAAAAAAAAGAAAACAAGUGUAAUCUCUCUAUGUAAAAUAUGUACUUUGUCGUAGAGCCCCUGCCACAGGGAGCCCCACCCCCAAAAGGGUUGUGUAGUGGAGUGUCUAGGUCAGAUCAGUCGAGCUGUAUAUAUACAUAUAUGUGUGCAACAUAUGCAACGCUUCUUUCCCCUCUCUGGCCAAAAUCCCUGCGCUGUGAUGUUCCGAGUUCUCUUGCAUCGCCCACCCACCACUUGCUCACUCACAAAUGUGCCGUGAAAAUCGGAAAAAAAAACAAACAACAUAUACCACCACUCACAGUACACAUCUGAUACUACCACUGAAACUACAUACUACUGCUACUACUAUUUCUUCCAUCUACUCUUCUCGUUCUUAUUGUUCUCUCUAUUCUGUGUACUCCAGGACGAAGCCGUUGAGGGCACUUUAAGAGAUAUUGGACUACUCUAAAAGACAAAUUCCGUAGAAUCCAUGUAGUUGAUAUUUAAACAAACAAACACAACCCACACGAAAGCACACACGAACAGCAAUCCUCUGAACACACACAUGCACACAGCACUCUUUUGACACUUGCCCACCAUUGCUCCUCGAUGUGUAUGUGUAUAUGUGUGUGUGAGUUGGGGCUGUUGUACAGCACUGAAACCCUGAAGCAAAAGAAGAGGGAGGCAGCAAGGGAGGCUCCAAAGCAAUAAAAACCCACAGAGAAAAACAAAACCAAGUACAUAUAAAUGAUAGUUAUUCCCAUGGCAAAUACAUUGGCAUACGGUUCCUACACAUCUAUUGGUUGAUUUUAUCGAUAAGAAUAUAUACACACACACACACGCACACAUGCAUAUACAUAUGUAGAUCCUACAGACAGGCAAAAAGUUCAUGCAAAACACCUCAAAACUCACGUAGAGCCAGCCAUCCAAGGUUACCUACCGAUCGAUCAUUAAACUCAAUCCAGCAAUUGAAUUAAUAUUCCUCGUCUACUAUAUAUACAUGAAAGAUCAUUCCAAAUCAGUCAUCAAAUGGGCAAUAAUUAAAUAUUAGAGAGGGGAUAUAUGCAAUACUAUUUUUACCAUAGAAAAAAGUAAGCUUUAAUGUGGAACAUGAAAAAUAUAUAAUUGAAACAAAGAAAUUAAAUAAAAAGAAUGUAAUAUUCAUCCUUUAGUGCUAACUGAAUAAACUAUAGUCUAUAUACAAUAUA